AUGUCUUCUCCGAACCUGUUGUCAACGGUCGAGCUGUCAGGCAGAAACGUCGUCGUUCAUGAGGAGCCCACCGUGCACAAUGGAGUUUCAGGGCUAGACAGAGCCUUCCAGCCACGGUCUUAUCAGCUCGAGAUGCUCGAGGAGAGCAUGCGGAGAAACAUCAUUGUUGCUAUGGACACUGGAUCAGGAAAGACAUUUGUAGCGAUUCUGCGUAUACAAGCCGAGCUAGAACGAUGUCCAUCCGGUAAAUUGGUCUGGUUUUGCGUUCCAACGGUUGUCUUGGCCAUCCAGCAACAUGACGCUUUAUCGACCCAGCUACCUGCAUUUCAGGCAAGGGUGCUUUCAGGAGCCGACAAUGUUGAGUUCUGGACUGAACAGUGUAUAUGGGAUGAUGUACUCAAGGGCAUCGAUAUCGUCAUUUCCACACAUCAGGUGCUCUUGGAUGCACUCCUCCAUGGUUUUGUACAAAUGAACCAAUUAGCGUUGUUAGUAUUCGACGAAGCACAUUCUUGCACGGGCAAUCACCCAUCAAGCAGGAUACUGCGGGACUUCUACCAUGCAUCCCCGGCUGAAGCCCGACCUUCGAUACUUGGCCUUUCUGCCAGUCCGGUUGUCAAUAGUAAGGCUGGAAAUCUUGGGUUACUUGAGUCCAACCUAAACGCAAUUUCCCGGACCCCAAAGAUUCAUCGUGACGAGAUGCUUCAAUUUGUGCAUCAACCUGAACUGAUCAAGCUCGUGUAUUUACCCAAUGGUCCACAAUUCAUAGCUCCUCAAGCUUUAGAGAGCCUAAGAAAAGUUUAUGAAGGCCUUGAUAUUGAGCAAGACCCUUGGAUCAUUAAGAUGAAGUCUGAUCCAAGCACUUGCAACGCUAAAGCUCUUAACAAAGCUUUGAUAAGCAACAAGACAUACUGCCACGAUCAGAUAAAGGGUCUGUACGACAAAGCACUAGCCGUUCAUCACGAACUUGGGUCAUUCGCCACCGAAUACUAUAUACGACAAUGUGUCGCCAAAUUGCGACGGGGAGCGGGUGAAGGCUCCGUCAUAGAAGGCCUGGAAGACCGCGAGAAGAUAUAUUUACGGAGGAAAUUUGCCGAAGUUGUGGUCUUCGAACCAGACGGUUGCCCGUUGGAAAGCCAUCAUAUCACACCUAAAGUGCGGAGUCUGAUUCAAUGUCUGUGGAACAUGGACUCUACAACAUUCUCGGGCCUCAUCUUUGUGCGCACAAGGGCGGAAGUGGCUGUGUUGUCCCAUAUACUUUCAAUACAAGCCCCGUGGUUCAAAGUCGCAACAUUCGUAGGGGAGUCUGGUUUCUCUGGCCGUCGAAAUACAGUUGGCGACUUGGUGGACCUCAAAAACCAGAAAGGAACCUUGGAUGAUCUCCGUUUUGGCAGGAAGAACCUGAUUGUCACUACUAACGCCCUAGAAGAGGGUAUCGAUGUAUCGGCCUGCAACGUAGUCAUUUGUUUUAACAAACCUCCAAACUUGAAGUCUUUCAUCCAGCGAAGGGGUCGCGCAAGGAGGGCAGCGUCCAAGUAUAUCAUCAUGUUCGAGGAUGACGGCCUCCAAAAUAGGGCCGUGUCGACCUGGCUUGAGCUUGAAGACGAGAUGAGAAGGACGUACAUGGAUGAAUUGCGACUUUUCCAAAAGAUUCAAAGGCUAGAAUCUGUAGAAGAGACGGCCGAUCGAAUUUUUUUGGUUCAAUCAAGUGGGGCCAGGCUCACCCUAGACGACGCUGUUCAGCACCUCUAUCACUUCUGCGCUGUUCUGCCAGCAGCGCCAUAUGUGGAUCCUAAUCCAAUAUUCACGUUUGAAGAACAUUCCUCUGGUGGCGAUGGAAAAUCAAUCUCGGCGAAAGUAUUGCUGCCAAAUUCGGUCGAUGCCUCUGUUCGCAGCGCUUGCAGCAAAUCCACGUGGAUCACUGAAAAGAUGGCCCGAAAGGAUGCGGCCUUUGAGGCUUACAAAGCUUUGCACCAUGCAGGUCUUGUGAACGAUAACCUCCUACCAUUAGGACAUGUGGAUGAAGCAGUAGAUGAAGCGUAUGGCGCUGUUGAGAAGCGUCCAAGUAUUGUAAAAGUUUCCGACCAGAUUGACGUAUGGCCUUCUGUUGCACAGUGUUGGAACGAUUCAGCCCAUAUUUACGGAUCCCUCGUCAAAAUCGCGGGACAAAGCCAGGUCAGAACCGAUAUGAUAAUGCUACUGCCAGUCAGAACCCCAGUGAUUGCCGGUACAACCGACUUAUAUUGGGACCAAAACACCACGUUCCAAUUGGUCAUUGAGCCUGAAUCAACGAUCCUUUCCCCAGCGGUCACAGCUUCGGCUGCCCAGAUUACGUUUCUUUUGCUGGAAUCUGUUUUCAGAGGGAGGGUGGACUAUGGCCGUUACGACUUCACGGCCCUUUUCAUGCCUUCAAAUGGACGUUGGCAGAGAUACGUUAUAUAUCCAUCUUUGGAAGACACACUCCCUGACGACACCACCAAAGCUCUUCAGAAUAAGAAUACCGAGCCUUGCUUGUUGGAAAAGACGCAGUGCCAACCCUCUGAAUGCGUGCAUGAUGGCAGCACGCAGCUCGAUCGAGCUGAUUCCAGCCAUUGUGUUUAUUUGGAGGUGAAAAGAUUGCCGAAGAGAGCCGACUUUCUGCAUCCGGUCCCCAGCGGUAAUGCAAGUUUUGCCAAACAGUCUGGACUCCAGCGGCUGCCUGCGAACGAAUGUGAGGUGGGCAGGUUACCCUUCAGCUACUCCCGUUUUGCGAUGUUUGUUCCAUCCAUUCUUCACAAGGUCCAAGUAGCCAUGAUUGUGGAACGCCUUUGCAACACGGUCCUUUCCCCGCUACAAUUUCAAGAUCGAAGCCUUGUGACCACAGCGAUCAGCGCUUCCUCGGCACAUGAAGCUACGGACUAUCAGCGCCUUGAGACGCUUGGUGACAGCGUCCUGAAGUAUAUGACCUCACUGACCCUAAUGGCAGAACAUCUAAACUACCAUGAAGGUAUCCUUUCGCAUAAGAAAGACCACAUAGUGUCCAACAGCUCGCUUGCCACAGCAGCCAUGCGGACGGGAUUGGACCGAUUCAUCAUCACGAAACCAUUCACUGGCCAAAAGUGGCGGCCGCUAUACAAUGGUAGAUUAGCUGCGAACCAGCUCGAGCGCACUCGUGAGAUGUCUACCAAGACACUUGCGGAUGUUGUAGAGGCCCUGAUAGGCGCUUCAUAUCUUGAUGGGGGGUCACAAAAGGCAGCCGCUUGUCUGGAGGUUUUUCUGCCAGAAGUACCGUGGUCCACAGCUUUGCGGGCGAGCCAGAUACUGUAUGGGGUAUACAAGCUUCAGGUUCCGGUAUCCAAUCAUGUCGUCGAAGCCGAAAAGGUGAUCUCGCAUGACUUUAGCCUCAAAGCUCUCGUUGUCGAAGCCCUCACCCAUCCUUCCCACUAUGGACCCAACACCAGCUCAUCAUACCAGCGACUGGAAUAUUGCGGAGACGCCAUACUUGACAUCAUCGUCACCACGACUGCAUUUGCCCGCAACCCCCCUCUCCCGACGCACAAAUUGCAUCUUAUCCGCGCUGCUUUGGUCAAUUCUAACUUCCUUGGGUUUCUUUGCCUCACUCUUUCGACCUCCAUUAGUCGCUUUGAGGUUCUCGGCAACGUAUCACAGUCAAUCUCCACCACAGGUGUGUCCCGCCCCUUCUACCUAUGGCAGUCAAUGCGUCAUGCCUCGCCGUCUGUUGGUCUCGCGCAACAAGAUUGCCUUACGCGCUACAAGCUCUUCCACACGAUUAUAUCAAGUUCUCUAGCUCAUGGAAACCAUUAUCCCUGGACCGCUCUUGCGCGGCUGCAACCGCCCAAAUUCUUCUCAGAUAUCGUUGAAUCAAUUUUGGGUGCCAUAUACAUCGACACCCACGGAUCUUUGUCUGAAUGUGAAAGUUUCCUCGAGCACCUCGGGCUGAUGCCCUACCUGCGCCGAGUCUUGGACAACGAGAUAGCAAUACUGCAUCCAAAAGAGGAGCUGGGCCAAUUGGCCGACCAAGACAAGGUCAGAUAUGUUCUCGGAAAGGAAGGUGAAGAGGGCGAGGAGCGUCUGACUUGUACCGUCAUUGUGGGAGAGAGGUCGAUUUUAAGGAUUGGGGAUGGUUUUAGCACCAUGGAAGUGCAAACGAGGGCGGCGGAUGAAGCAUGUAAUAUUCUGAGAAGGGAGAGGUCAAGUUCGGGUCACGGAGGCUGUAAAGAAGUUGUCAAAGUAACAAGGGCGGACGGACAGGGGGGGAAUGACGAGACAUUGAGUGAGGACGAGGAUGAAGUCAAGGAGGGUCAAAUAACAGGAGGGGCAGAGUACGACAGUGAUGAAAUAAUGACCGCUGACGAAUGUUAA